AAAAAAGGACGAAAACCAUACAGAAAGAUGAUAGCUGUUGUUCAAAGCAGAGAGGACCAUCUCUGAACUAACAUUUCUCCUCAUUUUCUUUCCUAUAAUUCUACAUUUCAUUUUCUCCAAACAACCCACCAGCAAUAAUCUAUCAGUUCUUGAUUUUCCGCCCAGAUUUAGCAUCUGCUGGGAAUGAGAUGCGAUUCUUCAGGAGGAUCGCGGGAUUUCUUGGGUUUGUUAAAGAGGAGGGUGCCCACGAAGUGAAAGACCAAGAAGAAGAAGGUGACGAUCAUCGCCACGGCCACCACCACCACCACCACCACCACCAUCACCACCAAUCCCGUUUUUCUUCUAAUUAUCAAGAAACUAUGCUUCCUCGUAAAGGCUUCAGUGUACCCGUUAAGGUCGCCGUCGACCGUCACCAGCCCGGCCCAGUGUUAGUCCCUUCUAGCUCUGGCGAUGGAGGCGUCCAGGGUCUGAGAUGGCAUGCGAAGCGCCUCAAAAUAGAUGAAGAUGGAGAUGUAGCAGAUGAAUUUCUUGAAGAGGUUCUACCAGAGAUAUCAUCUAGUGUUGAAGAUCACCAGAAACCAUUACCGAGGUUCCAAGUUAAACACAGUGGCCGACCCGCUAAAAUAAAGAAACAGGUGAUUUCCCAAGAAGGGAAAAUCCAACAAUGUGUAGUAUAUCGAGGUCGAUUGCAGUGGGUAUGAUAAUAUCUCGACAUCAAAGUUCAUGGGUUGCUUGAAUUCGGUUUCAUUGUUAAACAGCACACGAGCGGUUAAAUUUGGCUCAUAGAAAGCUAAUUCUUUUAGAUCAGAUCGUGGCUUUGUCAAAUUGUGGCAAUGAAUUGUGGAAACCUGCUCCGGGAUUGUAUUAGUAUCUGUAUUACAAGGCUUUUAACUUGAUUUGUUUUAUUAGAAGAUAUUGAUUUAGAACUGUUCAAUCAAAAUAUCAGAUAGAAUUUACAGAUUCUGGGAAACAAAGGUUUUGCAAAACCAAGAUGUAAUAGCUGAAUGUAUGCUUUAUUCUCUGUGUACAGUGUACAAAAAAUGUACCAAGUUCCCCCA